CUCAAAUUGACGCAUAGUCAGACUGGUCACGAGUCUAGGUUGUUGUUACUUGCAUACAUAUGGGCACUUCAAAUAGGUUGCGAUGCCGCCCAGCUACAAAGUAUCUCGGGUACAGCCGCCCAACUGCCACCUCUUCCCAAGUCUCGGGCACAAGUCGGGCAGAACCGUUGUCGUUGUUUAAGCGGGCGAUCCUGUAUCGCUACAGCAUGCAAAUGAAAUCCAGUAGCCACUUAGCCUGGUCCUAGGGUCGCUCACGAGAGUCAUCAAAUCAAACUCAAACUCGCCACUGCCGCAGUAUUAUCCAUGACUCCGAACUGCAGUGCCAAGAACGCGCCACCCCCAAAUUCAUUCGAACUGUCGUCGCUAUUAUAAGUACCUUAAGCGGGUCCAUGGCGUCAGAACGAAUCCUCGCGUCCCUUAGCUGUGAUGCCGAACAAGCAAGCUUCUCAUCCGAUUCCCAGCUGUUGUGUUAUGAGUCCAGGACCUGCAGGAAAUAUUUCAGACAGCCGGGCUCGCUGUAGCAAUGCCGCCGUCAAAUGGAUCCGUGGUGAGCUUAUUGGUAGAGGAACUUACGGUCGGGUCUACCUGGCUCUUAGCAUGACCACGGGCAAAUCCCAACUAGUUGCCGUUAAACAAGUUGAUAGUCCUCAAGUUAUCAGAGACGAGAACGAUCAGUGUCAAGCCACUUUCGUACAUUCCGUCGAAAGAGUAAGCAAGCUACUGGUAGAUCUGAACCAUCGUCAUAUCGUCCAAUAUCUCGGGUUUGAAGAGUGCUUUGUGGAUCAUUCAAGGGUUAUGAAUAUCUUUAUGGAGUACGUGUCGGGAAGUGCAUUAGGCUAUUGUCUUCGCGAAAAGGGCAGGUUCAGCGAGGAUGUCUCAAAAUUUUUCAUGCUCCAAAUACUUCGAGGUUUGAGAUACCUCCAUUCGCGACGAAUAAUCUACCGGAAUCUGAAAGCUGAUAGCGUCCUACUUGAGAGAGAUGGGAGUUGCAAGCUUUCUGAUCUAGAGUUUUCCACUAUGGAGGAUAAAAUACAUAAACUUCCCUUCACCAGCGUGCAACGAAUACUACCUUGGAUGGCACCUGAAGUCAUCUGCCAUCAAAAGGAAGGGUACAGUGUCAAGGCCGAUAUUUGGAGUCUGGGAUGCGUGUUGUUGGAAAUGCUGACAGGAAAGCGACCCUGGUAUGAGGAUGAACUGAUCAUGGUCACCAUUAAAGUGAAACAAAACAAGCGCCCACCCAUCCCUCCUGAAGUUACCUUGUCAGAUCUUGCAAUGAAUUUCCGGGAUUUAUGUUUUGCAAUCAAUCCUGACGAACGCGCAUCUGCUUCGCACCUGAGACGACAUCCCUAUCUUGAGCUUCCGGAUGAUUGGAAAUUCCGGGGUUUUAAUGGUUAGGGAACACUCUAGUUAUUGUGCCCUUCUGUUCAUGUACUUUUCGUGGACUUCGUUCCCACUCUUAUGGACCGUGAUAAAUAUAAUUGACUGCGAGAGGAGC